AUUUUUUUUUUUUUUAACCCACCAAGUAUUUUGUACCCAUGAGUAAAAGAGAAGCUUCUAGCCCUUCAUGAGAGAACAAGAAAGGGCAGAACUGAGAGUGUUAGGAUCACAGUAAAGUGAGUUUCUGAUCCUCUCUAGCAGCCGUGAAGAGCUCUACUUGGACCGUUUGCCUUCUGAGAACUUUUACACCUUGACUCUGGAUGUCUGUCUGUGGGAAAAAACCCCCAGCUGUACCAGGGUUGCUUCUAUCUGCUAGAUUAACUGUGCAGUCAAAUUUUCUUUCGGGCAGAUGUAUGAACUUGACAUCAUAAGUGUUGGCACGAGGCAAAUGUACGGAUGCAACAACGAACAAAUUCAGGAGUGGAACAAACUGUAACUAGGAGCCUCCUAGCUGUAGGCACUCCACUGAACUCCACACUGAGACUUGGAGGAGGGGCAUCAUCUGAUCACACUGGGGGGUGGGCAGUCAGGGAGGACUUCUUGGCGGUGGUGACACACGAGGGGCGUUUUGAAGUAUGAGAAGGAGUCAGAAAAAGAGUUGAGAGGAGAAAGGAAUCUGGGAAUCAAGACCUGCUUCUCGGGGACGGGCCUGGGUGCUGCGGGGUUUGGCCGGGGCAAAGGUUGCCCGUGGAGGCGUGGCAGCGGGUGACGCUGGGGAGAUAGGCGGUGCCGCGUCCUGGAAGGGAGUCUUGGAGGAAACCGUGGAGAUUGCAGUUUACUCUGAGUCUCCACAGGGCCCUCAGAGGGUCUUAAGCAGGGGUGGGUGUGACCAGAUUCACACCUGAGAGGGCGCGGCGAGGUGGGCUGUGGAGGAUGGAUUGGAGGGGGACAGGACUGGAGCUUGUCACAGCGAUUCAGUGGCCGUUCCUGCAGCAGCGCCGCCGGCGUGUCAGCCCAAGAGUGCCACUAACGGGCAACCUGCGGCUCCACGCCUCUCCAUUUCCUCCCGAGCCACGGUGGUAGCCAGAAUGGAAGGUGCCUCCCAGGGGGGCCUGCAGACCGUCAUGAAGUGGAAGACAGUGGUCGCCAUCUUCGUGGUCGUGGUGGUCUACCUCGUCGCCGGUGGUCUCGUCUUCCGGGCGCUAGAGCAGCCCUUUGAGAGCAGCCAGAAGAACACCAUCGCCUUGGAGAAGGCGGAAUUCCUGCGGGAUCACGUGUGUGUGAGCCCCCAGGAGUUGGAGACCUUGAUCCAGCAUGCGCUUGAUGCUGACAAUGCGGGAGUCAGUCCCAUAGGAAACUCUUCUAACAACAGCAGUCACUGGGACCUUGGCAGUGCCUUUUUCUUUGCUGGAACCGUCAUCACCACCAUAGGGUAUGGGAAUAUUGCUCCAAGCACUGAAGGAGGCAAAAUCUUUUGUAUUUUAUAUGCCAUCUUUGGAAUUCCACUCUUUGGUUUCUUAUUGGCUGGAAUUGGAGACCAACUUGGAACCAUCUUUGGGAAAAGCAUUGCAAGAGUGGAGAAGGUCUUUCGAAAAAAGCAAGUGAGUCAGACCAAGAUCCGGGUCAUCUCAACCAUCCUGUUCAUCUUGGCCGGCUGCAUCGUGUUUGUGACGAUCCCUGCCGUCAUUUUUAAAUACAUCGAGGGAUGGACGGCCUUGGAGUCCAUUUACUUUGUGGUGGUCACUCUGACCACGGUGGGCUUUGGUGAUUUUGUGGCAGGGGGAAACGCUGGCAUCAAUUACCGGGAGUGGUAUAAGCCCCUGGUGUGGUUUUGGAUCCUUGUUGGCCUUGCCUACUUUGCAGCUGUUCUCAGUAUGAUCGGAGAUUGGCUACGGGUUCUAUCCAAAAAGACAAAAGAAGAGGUGGGCGAGAUCAAGGCGCACGCGGCCGAGUGGAAGGCCAACGUGACGGCCGAGUUCCGGGAGACGCGGCGGCGGCUGAGCGUGGAGAUCCACGACAAGCUGCAGCGGGCGGCCACCAUCCGCAGCAUGGAGCGCCGGCGGCUGGGCCUGGACCAGAGGGCGCACUCGCUCGACAUGCUGUCCCCCGAGAAGCGCUCCGUCUUCGCCGCGCUGGACGCCGGCCGCUUCAAGGCCUCGUCCCAGGAGAGCAUCAACAACCGGCCCAACAAUCUGCGCCUCAAGGGGUCGGAGCAGCUCAACAAACACGGGCAGGGCGCGUCCGAGGACAACAUCAUCAACAAGUUCGGGUCCACCUCCAGGCUCACCAAGAGGAAAAACAAGGACCUCAAAAAGGCCUUGCCCGAGGACGUUCAGAAAAUCUACAAGACCUUCCGGAAUUACUCUCUGGAUGAAGAGAAGAAAGAGGAGGAGACAGAAAAGAUGUGCAACUCGGACAACUCCAGCACGGCCGUGCUGAUGGACUGCAUCCAGCAGCAGCACGCGGGGCUGGAGAACGGAAUGGUACCCACGGACACCAAAGACGGGGAGCUCGAGAACAACUCACUACUUGAAGACAGAAACUAAAUGUGAAGGACAUUGGACUUGGACUGAGCGUUCGGGUUUUUUUGUUGUUGUUGUUGUUUUCGUUUUUGUUUUUGUUCUUUUUUAUAUAUAUAUAUUCACACUGAGACACGUGCCUUAAACAGACUUCUUGUUAGUCCAAAAUUACAUAGCAUUGGAGAAUAUAUUUCACUGUGCCAUAAACAACUGAAAGCUUGCUCUGCCAAAAGGAAUCAAAGAACAGCAACUUCAUGUCGGAUAGCGACCGGGGGACGCAGGGGAGCGUCCGAGGGCGCGCGCGUGGCAGGUUGUGGCUGUGCGCGUCGAGGGUGUUUUCGGUGGCGGUGGCGGUGCCGCUGUGCCGCGCCGCCCUGGCGUGACGCACAGACAAGGGCAGCUAAUUCCUUAGACCAGCCUCCCGGAAGGAACAGGUGUGUCUUUUAAGUGGAGCCUUGCGCACAUGCAGGAGGGGACCUGCUUGGGGAAGGAGGGGGGGGGACUGGUUUAACCAUAACGAGGGUGUAGAGGUGACAUUUAGGCAUGCGCUCUGAGCUCCACUUUUGAUACAAACCAUUCAGUGCGUAAUAUUAAAUACCAAGUCUUUCUAAGCUCCAGAUGAAUGUCUGUGGGACCCGAGAGCACCUGGAAUUUGUUGGAAGCAGAUCAGAGCACACGUAUUAAAAAGGUGCAAUUGCUUUUCUCAUUGCAAAAGAAAAAAAAAUACAAACACAUCACACUGUGGAUAUUACCUUAACCAAUGACAGAAGCCUACUGAGUCUGGUCUUUCUCGCAGGGGUAGGCAGUCUAAAUGAACUUGCAAGCAUUGGUGAAAACUCAGCAUCAACCGCUGCAUGGUUAAAGGCCAAUCACGCGUUUUUCCUCAGUGGGUGCAAUAGUGAAAAUAAACUGGUUUUGAAAUGUCCAUGUUCACUUUUCUAGUGGAACUUCGGUUAUCACUUGUUUUGAUAAGAGGGGGGAAAAAUACCAAAACUAUUGCCUUGCAUGAUGCCAGUGGCUUGCUGUUUUGUCUAGCUGAUCCUAAAUUUUUAUAAAAAUAAGACUUCCUGCUUUUCUGAGACAUACCAAGGGGUACCAUGGCAUCUUUCCAUCUCAGGGCUUUCUGUCCCUUUGGGUGUCUUAGGGUAGACAUAGUUAUGAGAUCCAAUCUUGCUAUUUCCAAACAAAAGGAAAAUUAAUCCCUCACCCAACCCUUGUAUAGAAAGCUUAAAAAUGUUUUUAUUGCUUGCAGCAUAAGUGCCAUUAACUCCAUUUAAAAAUAAGUCUUAGAAGUACUUAAAAUAUUUAAUUUUCCUUUUAUGUUUGGGCAUUCCUUUAUUCUGAAGGCAUCACUUCUUCUCCUUGCCUGUUUCAUCUCACACCUGUUAGUUACUAAAACUAGACCACCCCUGCAAUUGAUUGUUUCUAGACAAACCGAGAGCCACUACGUGAUAAUUAUCAUCCUUACGCGAGGUUAGAGCGUCCAAGUGAAAGAAAGUAGGGGAGUGGCCAGUCAUAGGUUCUGAGAGGAUGACUUUUACAUGGAUUCUUUUAUCAGAAAGGGAAAUACAUGUAUUAGGCCAUCAUCCUGUGUGUGCCUCAGUCCUUAUCGCGAUUGGCUGGCUGUUGCGCUGGUUCAGAGUCAGCCAUUUGGGCCACACACUUAAACAUUCGGACCUGGCAACGCCAGGAAGUUGCUGGCUGUGGGCCUUCUGGGCUCACUGCCACCUUUUGGGGGAAUUCGUGGGAUUUUACAUAACUAACCCACAGUGUAGAUUUAUUGAAAGAUCACAGGACCAGUGGGGGACGCUUCCAGCAGCUAUCAAGUGCUUUCUGACUUCCAGGGAAAAUUAUACUCAGUACAUCCGUGACCGCUGCCACUUGGCUGACCUGUCCCUGCUUGGUUCUCAAAAAAUGCACGGCUCUCCCCCUGCCUGGAGCACAUGCAGCCCUCCCUGCUCCCCUGCAAACCUUCAGGCUCUAGCUAAAGCUCUGGCACUGCUUUUGAAAAAGAACUAAACAAGAAUCAAGUUUGAUGAGGUCCUUUCUAUCCGAGGAAGGUCUGUGUUAACGCCUCCUUUGGGCUGGACCUGUGGCUCACCGGUGACAUCCUGUGUUGACAUAGUGAUAAACAGCCACUUGGGAAAUGAUGUUUAUGCAGGUAUGGAUGCUGGCUUUUGCUGUGGGAAUCGUUCCAGCCUGACCAAAUGUGUUUUAAGGAAUUGGUGGAAAACUGAGACUUCCUCUCUUAUUCUGACAAGUUGAAGUUUCCUGACUAAACUGUCCAUGGAUCUCACUCAUUUGCGUUUCCACUCCGUUUUACCUUGGUACCUUCUUUGCGGUGGUGUGUUAAAAUUCCAGGCCCUACGGUCCAAUCUGGCAAAGAGGUUUCCCUAUCAUUUAUCUAGUGCCUUCCGUGGGCCAGGCACUGGGUUAGGCACUUUAUGAACGUCAGCUCACUGAAACCCUAUCAUACUAUGUGGGAGUAUUUGCAAACCCAUUAUGUAGAUGAGGACAUGAAGGCUCAGAGAAGCUAAGUAACCUACACAGUGGCACACAGCAAGAAGGUGGUGGAGCUGGUAUUCAAAGUCUGACCAAAGUCUGCUUUCAACUUUGCUACAGUUUUUGUGUCAUGCACCCAUGUGUAUAUGUGUGUGUGUGUGUGCGCGUGCGUGUGUGCGUGUGUGUGUGCGCGUGUGUCUUUCUAGCUUCCUGGACACAGCUUACAGAUGUGGGGAGAAGAUGUGGAGGAAUCUUUACCACCAAGAGAGUAUAAGGUCUUGGUGUAAACACGACCUAAAGGGUCUCCCUUGCAGACACCUCUUGUAUGUUUCCUUUUUGUUUUGGUUUCGGAAAUGCUGUAUGUGGCACCCUUUUCAUAUUGUUAAAAAUGCCCUUCGAGAGCACUCUUUUGCACUUUACUUGCUUAUCUUGCAGGAACUCCAUAUAUAGCAGGAAUAAAACAGUUCAAAGCACUGAGCCGCACACUCUAGCAGAUGGGACAGGGGCCCGUGCUGGUGUGAGCACAGAUGCUUCCCCGAGCGAGUCGAAUCAUAACAUACAGAAGGAUCAAAAAUAACCUUGGGCCGGGAGUGGGAAAAUCGAUAUAACCCAUUCAUUCCCUGAGUAUGGUGGGCAGAGGCCCUGAUGAAUAAAAUCAAAAAAGACUUUCUAUAGAGAUGGAUCCAUUAAAUAGAUAGGCAAGAGUUUAGAAAACUAUAAAGCAUUCUCCAAAGGAGAAGCUGAGAGAGAAGAAGGGGUUGGAUUUCCUCUUCAUAUACGAUUUGGGGGGAAGCCAGUUGUUCCGAAGUUACUUGAAUGUUACCCCUUUUUUUUAGAUGGGGCCAAAUAGCAUAUAGAAUACACGUGAUAAGGCAAAGCUGCUACAUAUUCUAUACACCCAUCAGCACAGCCCUCCUUGCCCAAACUGCACUCCCACCCUUUCAUAAACCUGGAAUAAAAGGUUUGAUUUUGCACAAGGAAAGAGAGCGUGUUCGAGACCUUCGGUGGGCAGUGUCUUUUGCCUCACCUGGCAAUCGGGCACUGAAUUUUUCUUCCACAACAGACUUGGAGGUUUACUGGUGAUAGCCAAGGGACAGUUUGGAGAGAUGGCAGCUCAAUACUCAGUUCUCACCCAAUAGUGAUUUCAGGAAUUGAGCACUUUUGGUGUAGGGCUGUAUAGUGUGUGUGUGUUUGGGGUGGGUAGGGGUGUCCCUGGCUUGUAACUAAGGUGCAUGGGACCAUAUGUGCUUCACCAGCUGUGGCCUGUGGUUGUGGGCGCAUCAGUUCCCUGCCUAGAUCUCUGUCACCUCGUCUGCACAUCAAGGGAGUUGAGCACAGAUAAUAAUGAAGGUCCCUUUUAGUUGUGCAGUUCCCUGAUGAAACAAACAUGCCCCAGUCCAUAAGUUAACCAAAUUUAUUAAGAAAGUUAUAAGUUGGAUUUGUGAAUACUAAUGGUCCUACCCCUUUUAGGUUAAGGUGAGAGCUUGGUCUCCUGCCCUUUGGGAUUUGUUUUCUGGGUGAUUGAUGGAGACCAGAUGUACUUGGGACACUGGUGUCCAAAUUAGGAUUGUGCCCUGUGUAGGCUCUCUCUCUAUCCUCCCUGGUAGCUUUUUAGCACACUGUCACCCAGAGGGCUCAUUUGAUGCGGGCAUUUUUUGCAUGGUGUUAAGACUAGUUAAAGAAUUUUAAGCUGUUGCUAUUUGCAGUAAAUUGUACUUAAAGUUCCCUUUGAUGACUUCAUGGAUUCACGUACUGUGGACAGACAGACAUCUCUCUCAUACACACACACACACAGAAGAAAUGGCUGCUUUGGGUUCUGCGGGGACCAUUCCAAGUUGAAAGUCCUGGGAGUCCUAAACACUAACAAACCACCCCCUUGCCUCCCUCUGAGAUGGUAUCACUUCCUGGCUAAGUCAAUGCUGCAUAUCUAUUUGUGUGCUUGGUUUUGAAGAUUAGCAAGAAUGUGGCCAGAGUUUGGGUGGGGCAGGUUUUUACUCAUUGCAUUGGAUGAGAAUGUGAACCAUCCAACGCAUACCAUCGUUUCUGAACCAUAGGAACAGGAAAACAAACCAACAUGCAGAGCCUCUCUGAAACAAGAAAGAGAAAACAAGCCAGUAUUACGUUCCAUACCUCUGCUUUCUGCCUUCCGCUAAAGGUUUCGAGUGGGGUGAGUCUUUCUCGGUGUCACGAUGCCACUGUGUGCAAAGGCAGUGGCUGAGUGGGCAGGGGGAGCUUUUGGUGACAUCGUUUAAGAGCUAGUCAGUAAAGGCCUUAAAAAUAAAAAUGGUAACUCUCUGAAACAAAAGUCUCCUUCAGGUGGCAUUGUGGGUGCUGUUAGUUUUGCAUACGGAAAUUUUAGAAUAGCAUGCUAAUUACACAGCUGUAAGUAAAGCCUUUGUCCUUGCACAAUAGCUGCGGUGGACUUCACCAACCUGCCCAUACUCCACGUAAACCUCGGUCCUCCCGUGGCAGUCUGUAAGUCUUAUGACAUCAGCAUGGUGGCGUUGAGGAGAAAUGAGAGGUGUCCCCGAUUUUACUGAAAGUGAUUAUCGUUUUCACAGGUGCCUGAGUUUUGGAAUCUACUUUGUGUUCUUGGCUCUUAGGUGAAAAAUCUCAAAUAGUUUCCUGUGCAUUAAAAAAAAAAAAAAAAAACAAUUCCUUGAGAGGACUCCCACUCCAUCGACCCAGCAGACCUGUGCUGCAGAGGAUGCCUGCACAACCUCUCCUUUGCCAUCAGGGCUCCGAGCGUGAAGGGAGCAGGUGCAGUGGUGCCUAAAAGAGAUAUGCAAACCACCCCACAUGCCGGCCUCCAGCCUCUUCCCCGUCCCAGCGUCACAGGCAGGGGACCUGGUGACAACGACGAUAAACCCAUGUGUGGAGGUGUCUUACCUAUGUUUUCUCUCUGUAGGAUUUCAUGGUGCUUUAAAAAAAAAAGGCAUUUUACAGAAAAUAAUGCGGGGGGAGGGGGAUUUCGUAAUGUUCUUAGGAAAAGUACAAAACAAAUUUGCUUGUAACAUUUCAAUAAGCUGUGCUGCUAUUGUCUUUAUUUGAUGAUGUAGUUUUGUUUUGUUUUGUUUUUUAAUGAUGGAGAAAAUUGCAACAAAGACCUUCUGGAAGAUCCAA